UCCACACAAAAAUAAAUCCCACUCAUAUCAACAAGACCUGUGGUUUCAUGGCUGAUGUAAUUUGAACUUACUUUAUUGAACAAUUACGGAUAUGACACAAUUGGAUGCAUCAUAAAAUGCCAAAGCGAGGAUGCAAAGAAUAUAAAUGUGAAUUAUUAAUCAGCCAAUCAAAUAACAUAACCGAACUACCUGAACCUGAAACUAGGGGAUUAUUUGUUAUCAAAGAAUUCAAUGUUGUUAUUUACAUUGGCCAAUCGCAAGACUGUUUACGGGAGAGAAUAUUGAGCCACUUGGGAGGCUAUGAUGCUCAAGAUAUUGGUGAAUAUCUGAAAGAUAUGGAUAGCGACGAAAAAGAGAGAAACAUUUCAAUAGCUUGGGUAGAAAUCAUGAGACCUCGAUGUGAUGAACAUCAUUAUAUCAAAUGCAUAGAAAAACGACAAGGGAAAUGGCCAAAGUUUAACAGAAAGCGUGGCAGACCUAAAAAGACGCCAUACAGCGCGAAGUCUUGACUUUUAUCUACCGUAACAUGUAUGAAUAUCAAAACACUUGAAUGUUUGAAACGUCUUCACAAUCACUUUGUGUGUCAUAGACGAUAAAAAAAAUUGUAAGGGUUCCGCGGAACCUACGUAUUUUUCCUUUU